GCUCUUCCUGCUUUGAGUUUCAGUUUUGUUUAAUUGCUUGUGAUUCUGGAACCUAAGAAAGCCAAUCAACUUUCUGUCUUCUGUCUGCUCCACAGCUCAGAAAAACGUCUACUCUAUUUGCCCUUUGUUUCAGUCUGCUCCAGGCUCAGCAGUGGUUGCAGGAAUAUGGAAGUGACAACCAGAUUGACAUGGAUACAGGAAAGGGUUCUGGGAAAACUACUUGGGAAUACAUCAUUGACUCUUCUUUAUAAGUCUGGAGCUCAUGAAUUACAUGCUCUUGAUAUGAUCCAGAGAUGUUCUCAUCAGGGUUCCACAAUGACAGUCUUUCACUUGAAGCAAGACGUUGUGGGUAUUUUUAUGCUGGAACACUUUCCCGUUUUGCAUUCUAAAAAGCCAAGUACUUGUGUUCUGUUUGCAUUUAAAGAGAAUACCAGCACUGGAACAUCAGCUCUGUUUUUGAACGCACAGGUAGAAAUCAAUACUACAGAGCUGAAAUUUUUCUCAUCUGAUGAUAUGUGGAUCACUGUGAAUCCAAAGAAAAACAAACUUCAUCUAAGUGGCGAAGUCAUAAAAGAACUAGAACUUAAUCUUAAGUGUUUCUCUGAAUAUUUGGAAUGUGAAAUUUUUCGAGUUGAUGGUGUUAAGAAUGAUCCAGGCUUCAUAAAGAAGAUGCUGACCGCCAAACAGCACCGAAGAAGAUUCUUAUCUGCUCUCCGAGCCUACAGGCCCAGUGGAGACUUGGUUUCGGAAGUCCGUAUUCUCCUGGUGGGCCCCGUGGGUUCUGGGAAGUCCAGCUUUUUCAACUCAGUGAAGUCUGCUUUCUACGGCCACUUCACUCGCCAGGCAGUCAUGGGGUCUGAUGAAACCAGCAUUACUAAACAGUACAGAACAUAUUCUGUUAAAAAUGGAGAAGGAGGGAAAACACUUCCAUUUAUCUUGUGCGAUUCAAUGGGACUGGAUGAGAGGGAAGAAGCAGGACUAUGCCUAGAUGACAUACUUCAUAUAUUAAAAGGCUUUGUACCAGACAGGUAUCAGUUCGACCCAUGUAAGCCAAUUAAGCCCAGGCACUUGGCCUACAACACAUCUCCACCACUGAAGGACAGGAUCCACUGUGUGGCUUAUGUCUUAAACAUCAACUCUGUUAACUCACUGUCUGAUAAAAUGGUGGCAAAGCUCAAAAGAAUUCAGAGAGAUGUAACAGACUGUGGUAUAGGACAAGUAGUCUUGCUUACUAAUGUGGAUAACUGUGAUGAAGUUCUUGACGACAAUUUUACAAACAUGACAGAAAGUACGACUUCUCAAAGCCAGGUAAAGAAAGUCCAAAACAUGCUCACUAUUCCUGUAUCUAAUAUCCUGAUGGUCAGUAAUUACACUUCAGAGCAAUCAAUGCACCCUAUAAGGGAUAUUCUGAUCUUUGCUGCACUCAGGCAGAUGUUGCGGGCUGCAGAUGACUCCUUAGAAGACCUUCCUCUUGAGAACAGACAGGAUCAGCUAAUGGCUCCCUCAGCAGCCAGUCAUGCAUCAAAAAAAUGAAGAUGAAGCCUGAGAAGUGGAGAGGAAGGAAAUGACCUAACACAAAUCUGCUUCCAAACACUUGUACCCACUGCCGUUUCAUAUCUUGAUGCCUUUGCUUUUACUUAUCGAGCACAUUAUGCAAUUCUAUGCAUCCUAUCAAUCACACAAUGGUUACAAAAUUAUAUAGAUACCUGCUAUUCUAAAGAGAGUGUAAGUUCUUGGGGAAAAUAAGCUUUGGGUUUGCCUUUGUAGUCACAGAGCUCAGCCCAAGGUCUGGUAUGCAAUCAGAAUACUCAUAAUGGCUCUCCCGUACCACUUUCUCUAGAUAGAUGAUAUUUACUUUGGCAUCUACUCAUUAUGGAUGAAAAGACACAAAGAGUAAGAUGCUGGAAAGAGAAUGAGAAAAUAAGGACAGAGAGGGUCUUACUUAUCUUUGCUUGAAAACAUGAAUGCCUCUAAACAAACUUAAAUUAAUUAAAACGAGCCACUAUUUGUUAGCAACAUUGAUAACUACAUUAAAGUUUUAAUUUCAUGAAAUAAAGUUUCUUCCUGUAAUAUU